UGUAUAUGACGUAUAAAGCUUGCGUCGGGUUCAAUAAAAAAAACUAUGAAUGAUGCCAUUGAAGUAGCAUGUGAAUCGAGCUUCUGGACAAAAAACUCUCUCUCUCUCUCUCUCUCAUCCCUUAUCUUCAUGUGCAGAUUUUAAGGGGUCCAGGCAGGAGGCAGUUCUUCCUCAAGACUGAAACAGAAGCCAUAGCCACCGGUGAAACAAGAAAGAGCAGAGAAGAAGCAAUGGAUUUUAACUCAAGUUGCAAGAAUGACAAGAAAACUAUAUGUGAGUCUAUGCUGGUAUGUUGCAAGCUUUUCAUAUCAGAAUCCCGAAACCGCACAGCUCUUGAGCAGAUUGAAAGAGCUGCAAGACUCCACCCAGAAACUGUGAUGGUGAACAAAUUUGAGGACAGCGAUUAUAAUAGGAUAAGGUACGAUCUUGUUUCCUAUGUUGUUCUUGAUAGUACAGGAAGUGCCAUUUACAGCCCAUUGCAGCAAACUGUGUUGGCCAUGGUUGAGGCAGCUUAUGAAGCCAUAAAUCUUGAAUCACACAUCGGUGCACACCCUCGGCUUGGCGUUGUCGAUGAAAUUGCCUUCCAUCCCUUGGCUCGGGCCUCACUGGAUGAAGCUGCUUGGCUUGCUAAAGCCGUAGCAGCUGACAUUGGCAGCAGAUGUCAAGUGCCAGUAUUUCUUUAUGCUGCAGCACACCCAACAGGAAAAGCCUUGGACACCAUCAGGCGAGAGCUCGGUUACUACAGGCCAAAUUCCAUGGGAACUCAAUGGGCUGGAUGGACCAUGUCUGAAAUUCUCUCGGAAAAGCCCGAUGAAGGCCCCCAACACGUGUCUCCCACCAAAGGAGUUACAAUGAUUGGGGCUUGCUCGUGGGUUGCAUUAUACAAUGUUCCUGUCAUGUGCAAUGAUGUCUCUAUUGUUCGCCGGAUUGCAAGGAUGGUGAGUGCUCGUGGCGGUGGCCUUCCAACAGUGCAAGCAUUGGCUCUGGUUCACGGUGAGUAUUCAGUUGAGGUAGCUUGUAUGCUUUUGGAGCCUAGUAGGAUUGGAGCAGAGAAGGUUCAGGCCCGGAUUGAGAUGCUAGCUGCUGAAGAAGGGUUAGAUGUUGAGCAAGGAUAUUUCACUCACUUUUCACCGGAAAUGAUUGUUGAGAAGUACAUGAAUCUAAUCUCUGCUACCAGAAGCUGAUUAAACACUUGUAAAGUUUAGACAUUUCAAUAAAUCUCUGUCAAGCUUGUGCUGACAUUUAGCCAUAGGUAACGUCUCAUUACCUGAGGAUGAGAUGUGUCUUAUUAGCAACAAGCAGAGUGGCUGCUUCCUAGAUUUCCUGAAAGCCCUUGCUUACAUAUUGACCAAAAUUUUAAGUUUCUUGCUAUAACAAUAGCAGACAGAGCCUACGCUUUCAUGCA